AUGUCAGCGAUAGAUCCUGAUUGUGGUGUGAACGCUGUCGUCAACUAUACACUUGGGGAAGGUCUGGCCAGACCCCAAUUUGUCGUGAAACCUGAUUCUGGAGACCUGUGCAUUGCAGCACCUUUGGAUCAUGAAGCAAAUGCAGACUUUGAGUUUCCUGUUAUCGCUACUGAUAGAGGGGGCCUCUCCACGACGGCUAUGGUGAAGAUUCAACUGCUAGAUAUCAACGACAACGUACCAGCUUUUACCGUGAAGGAUUACAACGUUUCUCUUAAAGAGGGGAGGGUAUCAACCAGCGAGCCAAUCGUUGCUGUUUCGGCGAGUGACGCUGAUUCGGGCAGAUUUGGAACAAUCACAUAUAGAAUCGUUGGUGGGAACGACAAUGAUGUCUUUCGAAUAGACCGGAGCACUGGAGAGAUAUUUGUGAUAAAACCAGCGCUGAUUCAGGCGAAUGGAAGGUUCGAUCUGGAAAUAUCGGCGACGGAUGGCGGUGGCCUGGCGGCUCCUCAAGGUGCCGUUGUUCACGUGAAUGUGAUGCCGGCUGGUGUUGGUGCGGCGCUGUUUGAUAAACCAAGAUACAAUUUCCGCGUUAGGGAAGAUGCGAGGAGCGGGACGAUUGUUGGAAAUCUCAAGGCGACAGGCGGCGACAGAGGUAAACUGAUGCGGUACAGUAUAGUAUCAGGUGAUCCAGGACACCAGUUCACAAUAGAGCCCCACACGGGAACCAUCAGGACUUCUGGUCAAUUGGAUCGGGAGGCUGUAGCCACGUAUCUGCUCAACGUUAGAGCUGCGAAUGGGAAUACGGCCAGCUAUGAUCAGACGCAGGUUCAAGUCACUUUAGAGGAUGUAAACGACAACGCCCCAGGCUUUGGUACAUCAUCAGUUAAGGUAUCUGUGGCGGAGUCAGCGGCGCUUGGAUCUGUGGUUUAUGCUGCGAGAGCCAUAGACGAGGACGAGGGAAAGAACGGGCUGGUCACCUACACUCUUCUUUCAGCUACUGGGCCCAUGAAUACUUUCGCAGUGAACUCACAGCAUGGACUGGUUACUUUAUUGCGGCCGCUGGACUACGAGAACCUUGUUCGACAUACUCUUGUGAUAUCAGCCAAAGAUGGUGGUUCACCUCAGCUUGCAGCUAAUCUCACUCUUGUUGUGGAUGUACAAGAUGUUAACGACAACCCACCUGUAUUUGAACAUGAUACAUAUAACGCCAAUGUGUUAGAAUCCGACGCGAUUAAUACAAAGAUUCUUGAAAUCCAAGCGAUAGACAAAGACACAGGCAACAACGCACGAAUAACCUACCGCAUACACAACAACACAUACUUCAAAGUACAGCCCAGUACCGGGUGGGUGCAACUCGCUAAAGAACUCGAUCGAGAAUCGAUCCCACAACACAACAUGACAAUAAUAGCUUCGGAUAAUGGGAUCCCGCCGCUGUCGGCGACCGUCAGCCUCGUCGUCAAUGUAUUAGAUGCUAAUGAUAAUGAUCCAGUUUUCUCACAAGCCAACUAUGAAUUCCAAGUUGAGGAGAACCGCAAGGCUGAAGCGUUUGUUGGGAAGAUUGCGGCCACUGAUGCUGACAUGGCAGAUAACGCGGCCGUUAGAUACAGCCUCUUUCCGACUAAUACGAGUUUCGUCGUUAACCCUGUUACUGGAAUUAUAACAACCAAAGAAAUGCUCGAUAGGGAAUUUAAACAUACUUAUUCCCUUUUCGCUGAAGCCAAAGAUCAAGGUUCGUUGCCCCGCUCGACCAGGGUUCCAGUUAUAAUAAAAGUGACUGAUGUCAACGAUAAUUCCCCUGAGAUAGUUGAUCCUAGAGAGGAUGUAGUGAGUGUAAGGGAGGAACAACAGCCCGGAGCUGAAGUAGCGAAAGUAAAAGCGAUUGAUAGAGACAAUGGCCCCAAUGCAUCUAUCACAUACUCAAUACUGAAUGACCGUGAUACAGAUGGCUUUGGUAUUUUUGUCAUUGAUUCUUCUACAGGAGUUAUUAAAACAAGCACAGUGUUAGAUCACGAAGAGAGGUCAAUAUAUCGCUUGACCGUAGCUGCAACAGAUGCGGGUCAACCUCCAAGACAAACUGUUCGGCAAUUAAAAGUAGAGGUUCUAGAUUUGAACGACAAUAGACCUACUUUUACCAGUUCCAGCUUAUCCUAUAAAGUGCGAGAAGAUUCCAAAAUUGGGCAUAUUGUUGGAACUGUUACAUGUUGCGACAGCGAUCCAAAUGAAAAUUUGAUUAAUGGUGAUGAAGAACGACAGAUAUCAUAUCUUUUGAUGUCGUUGACGUCAGACCACGUACCUGGAACUUUUGAAAUCGAUAGGCGAACUGGCUCUUUGGUGGUGGCACGUCAGUUGGACAGAGAAGUCCAAGAUGAAUAUCGACUUGAAGUUAGAGCGUUGGAUACUUCGGCUACUAACAACCCCCAAAGCAGUGCCGUCACCGUCAGAAUUGAAAUUAUCGACGUAAACGAUAACGGUCCGCAGUGGCCGGAGGAUCCUGUAAAUAUAGAAGUGCCAGAAACUACAGCAGUUGGUAUAAACGUAUACAAUUUCACAGCAAAGGACAUAGAUGCAGGUGUCAAUGGCGAACUGAACUAUCACAUAGUUUCAACAGUGCCUCCUACUAGAAACAUGUUUAAUCUAGAUCCUCUCACUGGCGCUUUAACGCUCACAGCUUUGCUAGACUUUGAAAUGCUGAAAGAAUACUGGCUUGUGGUAGAAGCAGUGGACCAAGCAGUGACUGUAACUGAACGAAUCUCUACGUCUGCCACCGUACACAUAGCUGUGGUGGAUGCAAAUGAUAACACUCCUACUUUUGUUUCUGCUCGUAAAGUAUCUGUCACUUUGAAUGCUUUGACCGGUGUGCUGUAUCAAGCCUUAGCCAUUGACGCUGACUCGGGAGAUAACGGAAGAGUUUCUUAUUAUAUAUCUAACGGAAAUGACCAUUCUUACUUCUCUAUGGAUUAUGAUUCAGGGAAGUUAACAUUGUCGAAAAAGUUUUCUUCUGAAUCUUCGAAUAUAAGGCCGGGGCAAUAUAAGCUCAAUCUCACAGCUUCCGAUCAUGGGAUGCCAUUUCCCAGACAAAGUCAUAUGACAUUAAGUUUACACUUGCUGGAAUCGACCAACACCCCACCUCGGUUUACUGAAACACUGUACAAGGCGAACAUUAGUGAAGAUAUCCGUCCUGGUAGCUUCGUAACAAGAGUUAUGGCCAAAUCAUCAAGAGGGACUUCAGGUACGCUAAGCUACAUGAUACCCUCAAACGUAGCAGAUGAUAAGUUCGUAAUCGAUGAGCGGACAGGAACAAUCACUAUCAAAUCUAAAGUUGACCGAGAAGAAACUGGACAAUAUAUUUUUCCAGUUUAUGUCACUGAUUCGGAAAGCUUCCAAUCUCCAAGUAAUUUUGAUGUUGCGACAGUAACUAUAAACAUUUUAGACGAUAAUGACAAUGCUCCAUCAUUCAAACCUGGAUCCUGCUAUACUUUGACAGUGCCCGAGAACAAUGAUCCUGAAAUUAUACACACAAUAUCUGCCACCGACAAAGACAUCGGUGCUAAUGGAAUUAUUACAUACAGCAUCACUUCAGGAAAUAAUGGAAACAAGUUUAGUAUUGAUCCCACUACAGGAAAACUCACCGCCAAAGCCCUAGAUCGGGAAACACAGUCCAGAUAUGAAUUGACAAUAACGGCCUAUGAUCAUGGAUCCCCUGUAGCCCUACAAGGCGCAUGCAAUAUAACGGUAAUGGUGGAAGACCAAAAUGACAACGAUCCCGUUUUCGAUACGGGUCAUUACUCAGCCGCCAUCGCAGAAGACGCAUCCCUCGAUACUUCUAUCAUUAAAGUGAGAGCCACUGACGCCGACCUAGGAUACAAUAAACGAAUAGUUUAUUCCCUAGCAAAUGAGAGUCAAGGGUUGUUUCGUAUCGAUAAUAAAAGUGGCGUCAUCUAUACGACUGGACAUUUCGAUCGGGAAAAAAUCAACGUCUACCAUUUUGAAGCCGUAGCAACAGAUCAAGGUCGUUAUAUCGCGCGAUCGACCAGGGUUUCUGUAGAAGUAACCGUCAACGACGUGAACGACAACAAACCCAUAUUCACAAAAUAUCCAUUCAAAGAACAAAUCGCUACACUUAUACCCCCGGGACAAAGUUUGCUUAGAGUUUUCGCAACAGAUAAUGAUAUUGGGACGAAUGCUGAAAUUAUUUUUGAACUCCUUGAUAGUUCAAACCACAAAUUCCGGAUUAACCCCACAACUGGGGUCCUAACGGCCACUCAAAGUUUAGCAAGCGAAAACGGUAAACUAAUACAUCUAAAGGUCUUAGCCAAAGAUAAAGGAAAUCCACCACAAAGUUCUGAAGGCCUCAUAGAACUUCGUAUAGGUGACUUUUCUGACCAAACUUCCACAUUAAACUUUCAAAACUCAACUUACAACAUUACCAUAGAAGAAAAUGUACCCUAUGGACGCGAGGUCCUUCAAGUCACCGCCCUGCGAAGUGACGGGCGAAGACAAAGAGUUAUAUAUGAAAUCGGCAAUGGAAACGACCAGUAUGCCUUUGAAAUAGACAGUAACAGUGGCGUUCUUAGAGUAAAUACUUCAGAUAGCUUAGAUUAUGAAACUUAUCCAGGACCGAGACGGAGACUCGUAAUCGUUGCAAGAACCGAAGGAUCAUCGCCCUUGUACGCUUAUUGUGAAGUUGUUGUAAAUCUUUUAGACCAAAACGAUCACGCCCCACGGUUUACUCAACAACAAUACAUCGCCAAUGUAUUUGAAGGCAAUACGAAAGGUGAAUUCGUCGUUCAAUUAGCUGCAAAGGAUGAAGACAGGGAGGCGAACGCGAGAAUAUUAUAUCACAUAGUGGAUGGUAAUCAUGACAACGCAUUUAUCAUCGAGCCUGCUUUUUCGGGUUCCGUUAAAACAAAUAUUGUUCUCGACCGAGAAAUACGAGAAUCUUACAAGCUAACCGUUAUAGCGACCGACGAAGGAAACCCACAAAUGACCGGGACCGCCACUUUAAGGAUAAACGUCGUCGAUGUCAAUGAUAAUCAGCCGACAUUUCCGCCACCAAACGUCAUAUCUGUUUCUGAAGGAGCAGAAGUCGGCUCAAUUCUAACAUCAGUUACUGCGAAUGACGUGGACACCUAUCCGGCGUUAAAGUAUGCUUUAGUUCAGAACGAAAAUAUCUUCUCAAUUGACAGAUACAGUGGCAAAGUGGUUCUAAAUAAAGCACUCGAUUUUGAAAGUCAAAAAAGUUAUAUCGUUAACGUUACUGCGUCGGACAACGAACAUGUUGCUACGACAACAUUAACUGUAAAAGUUACGGAUAUAAACGACAAUGCUCCAGUUUUUGAAGAAGUCUCAUACAGCAGUGUUUUACCGGAAGGGUCAGGCACUAUAAAAAUUGGAAUUGUAAAAGCUACAGAUAAAGACAGCGGUGAAAAUAGCAAUAUUUCAUAUCAAUUUCUUGAAUCAAAGGAUGGAUAUUACAUAGAUGCUGUCACUGGAGAAAUGUUCGUCAACUACAGCUCCCUUCCAAAUGACCAUCGAGAUAUACAGCUGGCGGUUGUAGCCACAGAUCAUGGAAAACCUAACAAAUCGGCAAUCACAUCGGUCAGAGUCAGCAGUGGUGCUUCAUCGGAAAUCAAACCCUUUAUUGGUCAAGACACCUAUAGGAUAACGGUAAAUGAAGAUACCGAAGAGGGUACAUCCUUGUUGCAAAUCGGUGGAAUAAAUGAUAUUCUAAAGAAAUAUAGCCUUGACUUCAAAAUUAUUACCGGAAAUGAUGGCGAUAUGUUUGAUAUUACAACAGAAGGUGCAUUAAUACUCGUAAAAAGGCUCGAUAGAGAACGACAAGAAUCAUACGUGCUCGGUUUAGCCGCUGUCGAGCAAGGAAAAAUGCUUUCAUAUAAACAAAAUAAAACGUCUAUAGUUGUAUUUGUGACGCUGACGGAUGCAAAUGAUAAUGCCCCCAUAUUUGCUAUUAACACAUUCGAUCUCACAGUAAGCGAGGAUGUUAAAAUAGGGCAUAGUCUAACGCAAUUUUCUGUGACGGAUGCAGAUUUAUAUGGAACUGCAAAUUCAGAUAUUAUUUUUAACAUUACUUCAGGAAAUGAUGACAAGUCUUUUUACGUGCAUUCAAUGACAGGCGUUUUAACUGUUAAUAAAACUCUCGACUAUGAUACGGGAAAAACUAAUUAUAAUUUGGUCGUCGUUGCCUGUGAUCAAGGAGUACCCUGUCUGUGCAAUGCUGCGUAUAUUAAGAUUGGAAUCCUCGAUGUUAACGACAAUACACCCACUUUCCCGGUUAAUGAGUAUUUCGAGGGUAUCACUGAAAAUGAAAGAGUUGGCACGUCUGUUUUUACAGCUACCGCCACAGAUAUGGACAAAGGAAAAUUUGGCACAUUGAACUAUUCUAUUGGACCUGUAUCUUCGAAUUACAACAAAAACGACGACGCUUGGAAAAUGUUCCAAAUUGAUUCAAUAAGUGGUUUAGUAAACACUAAUGCCGUCUUUGAUUACGAACUUAAGAAUAAAUAUGAGUUUUCCAUUAAAGCUUCAGAUAUAGGUGGCAGAAGCUCCACAGUAAAAGUCAGAAUUGAUAUAGAAAGUAGAGAUGAAUUUUACCCUCAGUUUACUCAGAAAACGUAUAAUUUCGGUGUUCCAAAAUCAGGUUCUCUACCGGCAGGGUACAUUAUAGGUCAAACUACUGCAACAGAUAGAGACAAAGGUAUAGACGGUCGAAUAGUUUACCAGCUAUCUACGUCUCACACUUACUUCAAGAUAAACAGGACUACGGGUAUGAUUAUUCUUAAGAAAAAAGUGGAUUCAAUACAAACUUUAUUUGGCGGAGAUAAAUCAAUAAGCCUAGUAAUAACUGCAAGUUCAGGCCGACAGGGAUCUCUUACUAAUAAAACUGCAGUCGAAAUAUUGUUAGACCCUGCCGCAAUCGUAUCAGAUGGCACCAACAUCUUGAAUGAUCCAGCAUUAGCUCAAAAUAGUGGAUUGUCGGAUUGGGCUUUAGGGCUUCUGAUAGCUUUUAUAUUUAUUAUUAUCAUCUUCGCUGCCGCAUUUCUAUUUUUACAUAUGAAAAACAAAAGACACAAAAAAGAAAAUAAACCUGGAUUAAGUUCGGAGGGAGUCGGAGCAACAAACAGUUAUGUAGACCCCAGUGCAUUUGAUUCAAUAACGAUACGCAAUACUGGUGCUGUCAAUUCAGCGAACCAAUUUGCACCUCCUAAAUAUGAUGAGAUCCCACCGUAUGGUGCUCAUACUGCCAGUUCUAAUUCUGGAGCCGCGACCACUUCAGAGCUGUCGGGCUCAGACCAAUCGGGUUCUAGUGGACGAGGAUCUGCUGAAGAUGGAGAGGACGGAGAAGAUGAAGAAAUAAGGAUGAUCAAUGAAGGCCCACUUCAACGAGACAGACAAACGAAUGGGGUAGACGAUGAUAACUUAUCGGACGUAUCUGUUCAUAACACUCAAGAAUAUUUAGCUAGACUCGGUAUUGUUGAUACUGGCACCGGUGGAGGUGCAUCUACAUCAUCGCGGAGAUGCUCUGAAAAUGUUGCAAAUAAAGAUACAAUGUUGCAUCAUGGGCCGAUAGAUCCAAUGCACAAUAUUUUUGACGAGGACGGGCCUCACGAGAACGAUAUCACGAAUUUGAUUUACGCAAAAUUAAACGAAGUAACCGCCAGCGAUAGAGGCAGCAACGCGGAUGAAGCGAGUGCUGCCGUAGAUCGAGCAAUGGCUUUAGGAGCAUUUCCCAGUGCUCCCGGUGAAAAUACUGCAGUACCCACGGCUGGGCCCUCAAUGACCGGAAGUUUAAGUUCUAUAGUACAUUCAGAAGAAGAGUUAACUGGUAGUUACAAUUGGGAUUAUUUAUUGGACUGGGGUCCACAAUAUCAGCCUCUAGCUCACGUGUUCUCAGAAAUAGCUAGGUUAAAAGAUGACGCUGUUUCUUUACAAAGUGGAAAUAGUGGAGCCUCUAGUGCUAAAAGUAAAGGAACAUCAAUGUCUGGAGGCAAAAGUGUGCCCCCGCCUUUAUUGACUACCGUUGCGCCUAGAAGCUGUCCGGCGCCUUCGUUGUCGUGUAGGCAGCCUCAACAUUUGUUACCUCGUUCGCCUAUAAGCCACGACAUCCCAGGAGGCUUUUCAGCUGCUGCAGCCAUGUCUCCUUCCUUUUCGCCUUCCUUGUCCCCUCUAGCAACGAGAUCGCCGUCGAUGUCACCUUUAGUGGGGCCGGGGUUACCUCCCGUCCCAGGAAAUAGAAAACCUAAUCAUUCCACUAUGAGACUAUAA